CGCUGGCGUCAGCAGGCCGCGGAGGCGGAAGAUGGCGGCGGCGGCGGCAGCGGCCGAGCGUCGGUGAGCAGCGCGGCCGCGGUGAGGGCGGCCGAUGGCGGCCGGGUGGCGCCCUCGGGGACCCGCGGGCCGUUAGGGCGCGACGCUGGGCGGCAUGUCGGAGCACGCGGCGCCCGGGGCCCCGGGGCCCGGGCCCAAUGGCGGCGGCGGUCCGGUCCCUGCGCGCGGGCCUCGCACCCCCAACCUCAACCCCAAUCCUCUCAUCAACGUGCGCGACCGGCUUUUCCACGCGCUCUUCUUCAAGAUGGCUGUCACCUACUCGCGGCUCUUCCCGCCCGCCUUCCGCCGUCUCUUCGAGUUCUUCGUGCUGCUCAAGGCCCUGUUCGUGCUCUUCGUCCUGGCCUACAUCCACAUCGUCUUCUCCCGCUCGCCCAUCAACUGCCUGGAGCACGUGCGGGACAGGUGGCCCCGGGAGGGCGUCCUGCGCGUGGAGGUGCAGCACAACUCGAGCCGCGCGCCCGUCUUCCUGCAGUUCUGUGACGGCGGCCGCCGCGGCAGCUUCGCGGGCCUGGCGGCGGAGCCGGGUAGCCUGGAGCCGGAGGAGGAGGAGGAGGAGCUGGCUGUGGGGGUGUUCGGGAACGCCUCCGUCAAGUUCGAGUUGGACAUUGAGCCCAAGGUGUUGAAGCCACCGGGCGGUACGGAGGCCCUGAAUGACAGCCAGGAGUUCCCCUUCCCGGAGACACCCUCGAAAGCAUGGCCGCAGGACGAGUAUGUCGUGGAGUACUCGCUGGAGUACGGCUUCCUGCGGCUGUCCCAGGCCACGCGACAGCGCCUCAGCAUCCCCGUCAUGGUGGUCACCCUGGACCCCUCGCGAGACCAGUGCUUCGGGGACCGCUUCAGCCGCCUGCUGUUGGCCGAGUUCCUGGGCUACGACGACAUCCUCAUGUCCAGCGUCAAAGGCCUGGCCGAGAACGAGGAGAACAAGGGCUUCCUGCGGAACGUGGUGUCCGGUGAGCACUACCGUUUCGUGAGCAUGUGGAUGGCUCGCACGUCCUACCUGGCUGCCUUCGUCAUCAUGGUCAUCUUCACCCUCAGCGUCUCCAUGCUGCUCCGAUACUCCCACCACCAGAUCUUUGUCUUCAUUGUGGACCUGCUGCAGAUGCUGGAGAUGAACAUGGCCAUCGCCUUCCCCGCCGCGCCCCUGCUUACUGUCAUCCUGGCCCUCGUAGGGAUGGAGGCCAUCAUGUCCGAGUUCUUCAACGACACCACCACAGCCUUCUACAUCAUCCUCAUCGUUUGGCUGGCUGACCAGUAUGAUGCUAUUUGCUGCCACACCAACACCAGCAAGAGACACUGGCUGCGGUUCUUCUACCUGUACCACUUCGCAUUCUACGCCUACCACUACCGCUUCAACGGCCAGUACAGCAGCCUGGCCCUGGUCACGUCCUGGCUCUUCAUCCAGCAUUCCAUGAUCUACUUCUUCCACCACUACGAGCUGCCCGCCAUCCUGCAGCAGAUCCGAAUCCAGGAGCUGCUGCUCCAGACUCCGCCCCUGGGCCCCGCCGCCCCCACAGCCCUUCCGGACGACCUGAACAACAAUGGAGGGGCCCCGGCCUCUACCCCUGACCCUGCUGGCCAGGCCCCUUCCCUGAGCCCUGGUUUGCCAGGUGCUAGUGGGGGCCCCGGGCCAGUGCCUGAGGCCCCGAGCUCCCUGGUGGCCGCGGCGGCCUCAGUGGCGGCAGCGGCCAGUGGUGACCUGGGCUGGAUGGCAGAGACGGCCGCCAUGAUCACAGACGCCUCCUUCUUGUCUGGCUUGAGUGCCUCCCUCCUGGAGCGGCGGUCCACUGGCCCGCUGAGCCCUGGCGGGGGGCUCCCCCGAGUCCCACAGGACAGUGCCCCCUCCAGCAAUUCCCUGGCUCGUGACCCAGCGCCCCCAGCCGUUGGGGUGAGUGAGCCCAGCCCUGCACCCACACCCCCAGUGGACCCGCCCCCAGAGGUCGGCUCCUGAGCCUUGGGCAGCUGACCGCCCCGUCCCUGGCCAUGCAGGCCCACUGGGCAUGACCUGGCGGGAGCCCUUGGGCCCUGGGAGGAUGUCCCGGUGGCCCUUGGGACUGCCCAGCCUGCCUCGGGUGGUGUCAGGGUCCAUCAGGUGUGCCCAGAGGUAGCCUCCUCUUCCCCAGGGUGGGGCCUGAAGGAGGCCUGCCCUGCUAUGUUAGCGGGGGGCCCCCUCAGUCGGUAGGUGGAGGCAGGCCGAUGAGAGUGGGGUGGGGCUCUGUGGAAGGUUCUGGAAGGGGCUAGUGACACGACUAGAGUGAGCUGUCCCUCAGUAGCAGAGCUGGGCAAGUCUCUGUUAAGGUGAAUGCCAAUGGGGGCCACCCUCGCUGUCCCGGCCCGAUCGGCUGGUGCUCCAUCAUGCUCAGUGCCUUUUCCACGGCCCCUGAUCCCGGGUGUGCGAACCAGGGCUGGGGUCCCAGGAGGGCAGAGCUGGCGCCUGGGGCUUGGGGAUGUGGAUACAGGCGCCAACGUGGAAGGCAGGCAGUGGCCGGGCACGGGGUUCCAGCCUUGCUUGGGUGGGAGUGGGACAGGGCUGGUGGCCAAACUCAGUCACUCGGUGAGGAAUGCUCAAAGGCGCUCAUUCCAUCCUAUUUAAUUGCAGUGCACAAAAUUGUGUUUGUAUAUAGAAUAAACUGUUGACAGCGUG